AUGAUCCUGUGGCUAAACCUGGUGUCCUUAGUAGUAGUCCUCAGAGGUGUCCAGUCUGAGGUCCAGUUGGUGGAGUCUGGAGGGGACGUGAGAAGGCCUGGAGAGUCCCUCCGCCUCUCCUGCCAAGCCUCUGGCUUCGACUUCAGCAGCCAUUGGAUGAGUUGGGUGAGACAGGCUCCAGGAAAAGGACUCGAAUGGGUGGCACUCAUAUGGCCAAAUUCUGGUACUCACUACUCUGCCAAAGUCAAGGGACGCUUCACCAUCUCCAGGGACAACUCCAAAAGCCAAGUCUAUCUGCAAAUGAACAGUCUGAAGCCGGAGGACACGGCAGUCUAUUACUGUGCGGGAGACACAGUGAGAGGAAGUGAGUCUGAAGCCUGGCAAGAACCUUCCCUUGGUCAGAGCUACUAUGCAAGUCAGCUCAAGGAAGCUGAUUGUUCCACUCCAAAUUCCACUUUUCUCUCUUCAUCCUUCUUCAAGACUGGGCGCUAUGUGCACGGCUGUGUGCUGCUCCAUCUUUCUGGGGGCCAUGUGUCAGAGGCCCAGUUGGUGGAGUCCGGAGGGGACGUGAGAAGGCCUGGAGAGUCCCUCCACCUCACCUGCCAAGGCUCUGGGUUCAACUUCGGGGGUUAUUGGAUGAGCUGGGUGAGACAAGCCCAUGGAAAGGGGCUGGAGUGGGUGGCACGGAUAAGCUCUGGUUCUGGUUCCAGUACUUACUACUCGGACAAAGUGAAGGGACGGUUCACCAUCUCCAGGGACAACUCCAAAAGCCAAGUCUAUCUGCAAAUGAACAGCCUGAAGCCGGAGGACUCAGCAGUCUAUUACUGUGCAAGACACACAGUGAGAGGAAGUGAGUCUGAAGCCUGGCAAAAACCUUCCCUUCCUCAGAGC